AUGGACGCGACGGGACAGGCGCCGCCGCCGCUCUUCAGCAAGAAGGCGCCCAACCUGAGCUUUGGCCAGUACAUGGCGUCCAAGAUUCGCAAGCUGCGCGGCCAGAACGACGGCAUCGGGCGGCUCGACCGCCUCUUGGACGGCGUCGUGAUCUUUGUCAACGGCCACACCGAGCCGCCGCGAGAAGAGCUGCGCCAGCUCAUCUUGCAGCACGGUGGCCAGUACGAAGCGUACCACACGAGUCGCGUCACCCACAUGAUUGCAACGCACGUCGCCGAGUCCAAGCUCAAGGAGCUCUUGCGCGCCCGGAAGCCACUGCCCGUCCUCCACCCAAAAUGGAUCCUCGACAGCAUCGAGAAAGGCCGGGUGUGCCGGACGCAGCCCUACUUGUACGCAGGCUACCGCGCGGUCGGCCAACAGACGCUGCAACUCGCGCCACUGGCGACGACUCCAGCUCAAACCACUUUGCCAGUACCUCCCGCGUUGCCUACUUUUACCGCGCCACCAGCACCUCGCGUGACCUCCGCACCUGCCGCGCGGCCAGCAUCGCAACAGUCGCCCUUCGCGCCGUCAGUGCCGCCGUUCGCGCCGCAAGUCCAAGCACCAUCUGGACACUUCAAGGUGCCAACGCCGCGACUUGACCACCCGCCGACACCACCAAUUCCACCUCUGCCACCCGUCGUGGCAUCACCGUUGCCGUCGGUCUCCCAAACGCCGGUGGGGACCGAGGCACCGACGUCGCCGACACGCACUAGUCCGCCCAAGCCGCGCAGUAGUCCGCCCAAGCCGCGCAGUAGUCCGCCCAAAGCGACGCGUGCACUCUCGACGCGGGACGGUAUCCCGGCUUUUGUGCGUCAUUUCUUUGACAACUCGCGGCUGCACCACAUUGGGUCGUGGAAGAGUUUUUUCCAGGCGCACGCGGCUGAGCUCAUGGCGUCGGCGCCGCCAUUCGUUGCCUCGCAGUACGGGCACUGCGAGAGCACCGAGCGCGUGAUCUUGCACGUCGACAUGGACUGCUUUUUUGUCUCGGUCGCUGUGCGCAAUCUCCCGCCAGUGUACAAGACUGUCCCGGUCGCUGUCGCGCACUCGGGCUACUCGUCCCACGAUACGCCCCAGAAAGGCACGUCGGAAAUUUCGUCGUGCAACUACGUCGCCCGCGCGCGUGGGCUCCGCGCCGGCAUGUUUAUGGAGCGCGCCAAAGGCCUCUGUCCGGAUCUGGUCGUGCUACCGUACGAUUUCGAGGCCAUUGAGCGCAUUUCGUGCGAUGUUUACCGCAUCUUUUACCGGUUUACGCCAGCCGUCCACGCCGUGAGCUGCGACGAGGCGUUUCUCGAGUUCCCCAAAGGCGCAAAUGGCCUCGCACUGGCCCAUGCCAUUCGUGCAGCGAUUUGGGACCACACCAAGUGCACGGCCAGCGUUGGAGUCGCCCACAACAUUCUGUUGGCCCGGCUUGCGACCAAGCAAGCCAAGCCCGACAAGGUGUUUGCGAUUGCUGCCAAGGACGCGGCCGUGUACGUCGACCCGUUGUCGGUGCGGGAUCUUCCGGGUGUCGGGCACGUGACCCAGCAAAAGCUAGACGAGCUCCACAUCACCACGUGCGCCGAGCUGCAACGCUGGAGUGUUACUGACCUCACGCCACACGUUGGUCCCAAGACGGCACUGACGCUGCAGGGAUUUGCGCGUGGUGAAGACCACCGGCCCCUCGAGUUGAGUCAAGUGGCCAAGUCACUCUCGGCCGAGAUCAGCUACGGCGUGCGGCUGGAUACGGACAAGGACGCGCUCGAGUUUGUGGUUGAGCUCGCGAAAGAAGUCCAGGCCCGCCUUGUAAAAGGAGCUUUUGUCGCGGGCAGUCUGACGGUCAAGGUCAAGACACGCCAGGAAGGUGCUCCUGUCGAGCCGGGCAAAUUUUUGGGCUGUGGCGCCGUCGACACGGUGAGCAAGACGACGCGACUCCCGGCGCCGUCGGCAAAUGCCGCCGACAUUCUCGCAGCGGCGACGUCGCUCUGGAAGCAGUUUCGCGUCGUCUGCACUGACAUUCGCGGCAUUGGUAUCCAAGCGUCCAAGCUCCGCAAGGCAAACGGUACGGGUGACGCGCCGCCGUCGGUUGCACCAAACGGUCUCGAUCAAUGGGUCCGACGGGCGAUCGAGACCCCACCCCAACCGCCACCUGCAACGACGCCGACGCCACCACGACCAUCGACGACGACAUCGACACGCCCACGUCCCGACCCAUUGGCGCUCUCCUUGUCCCAGGUCGACCACGACGUACUCGAGACACUGCCUCGGGAGCUGCGAGACGAGAUUCUGACAUCGCUCCCAAAGUCGCGCAGAACCGGGGCCCCCGAGAAACAAUGGCCAUCCUCCUACUCGCAGAUCGACACGGACGUCCUAAGUGAGCUCCCACCGUCCAUUCAGCAAGAGAUUCGCCAGACCUUUCGCAAGCCUGCACAGCUACGCGACGUCUCUGUCAAGCGCAAACCCGCAGCGUUGGCCUCGGGGGUGCCCCCCCGGCCCCCCAAGCGCCCAACACGAAGCCCGCCACGCCGUGCGCCAAGCCCGGCACGUCGUGUACCAAGUCCCCCGCCGCUGUCCCAGAUCGAUGCAAGUAUUUGGGACGAGCUGCCGCCAUCGAUCCAGGACGAGCUCGGGCUGCCUCGCCCAGUACAAAUGCAGAUCGACGUACCACCAAAAACGUCCGACACAAGGGAAGAAGUCGAGAACGACACCGAUCUCGAGCGCGCCAUUUUGAAGGCGAUUACGCAGCGUCGGCUGGAUGUCGCAGAAACGCAUCUGCGCCGACUCCGACGCGCGUCCGUCCAGACCCCGGCAAUUUUCAACGACAUUUUGGCUCUCGCCAACGCCCGCAUCACGGCGGCGUACGGCUGUCCGCUCGGGUCCGUCGCGCCGCUGGCUGUGCCGGUUGCAGCGCAUACCAGUGAUUCUUAA